UCAAUAUAAAUCACCUCAGAUUUACCGGACGUCUUGAUUUUAGAUGUGUAAUGAUUGGUGAUAUUUCAUGGAAGCAAGAGCCCUCGAUGGAUUUAUUACUCGGGAGUAAUCUCCAAAAGAUUUAUUCAUUUCUUCAUCUUCAGUAACCGUUUUAUCCUGGUUAGAAGAAUGAAUGGUGAAUAACUUCUGAAGUUCUGGAUAAGCUCUAAAUAAAACAAAAUGACAGCUUUUCCAAAAGAUUAACAGAGGCUAAUUUAAAGGGAAAUGAAAGCUCAGAAAUUUGACAGCUCGCGGAGGUCAGUGGAGUAAAGCCGUUUAAAGCCUUUAAAUGGCAAAUAACAACACGAAGACUUUGUGGAAAACAACUGUUAUUGUCAGUACUUCCCUUCAGAAUAAUGAAAUUUCAGUGCUGCUUUUAGCACAAAAACACCUACUUCGUUACUCAGACAGUAUUGAACCUGGUACACUCGUCUUUCCUCUCUCAGGUGUGGCGUUCUUGUUGAUCACUCCAGAGGAAUUUCCUGAAAAGGCUGAGUGUGAAGAAUUCUUUAAAAGGAUUGAAAAGUUCGUCCAGGUCCACAGAAACAGCUUUCUUUUGCUCCAGGCGCCAGCAUAUGGCGCAAGAGAACUGGAGAUUGUGUCUGCAGUGCAGAACAGAUUCUUUGGCAGUAAUCUCAAAGUCUUACCUGUCCAUAGUAAUGGGGACGCUGUCAAGGGAAUGCUGACCAUCGCUAAAGCCACCAGUAGACCACAUGUGGAUGUUGUGCGGGAGCGGAUGUGUUUAGCUCGAGCUCACAUCAUCGAAAUAAGCCUUGAAACUUUGUUAAAGAAAGUGAACAUUUUUAAGGUCAUUUAAUUUCCAUCCACUUUAUUGGAGUCUUACAGUCGCAAUUCUGAGUCGCACAAACAGCUCAAACACUGGCCAUGUGGCCGCACUUCUACAUCAACACAUAUAAAGGCUAAUGGCUUUUAUUUUCUAUCCCACUUUUUAAGAAUUUACCUAAAAGUUGUAUUCAAGAAUAACUGCUGUCUCCAGACUAUUUCCUAAUACAGCAUCUAUAAAGACUUUCUAUUAACAAUGCACUCGCUGAACUCUGUCAAAUGUAUAAUAUGGCAUGUGUUUUUCUUGGUGUAAGUAAACAACUUCUUCUUGGCAGCUCCUGAUUCGAGUUUUCUUAUUUUUCUAGCUAGUGUAAUUUAAUGUUUAAGUUAAUAAGUGUAGCACAUACUGUACAUAAUGAUCACACUUAGGGUUGCUAUUAAAAGUUGACUUGGCAGGGGGAGGGGAAAGAAAAGAAGGCAUGGAUCAUGUUAUACUCUCUCCUCUAGGAUUUCCUCUAUUCGGAAUGCAAGGCUCUCCAUCAGAUCAUAUGUGACAAGUGCACACUGUAGUACCUGUUAAUUACAAAUAUGUUCACACUCAAUAUAUUAAGGCUUAACUCACUAUAACUCAUUAUACUAAGGAUAUGAGGAGAGAGAUGAUUUACCUUCUCCUGUGCCUCACACGG